GACUCACCGCGAGGACUCUCUCCGACAGACGCGCCAGCUGCCGCGGCGAUGAGACUGGGCUUCCUCGGCCUCAGCUGCGAGAGACGAAGGCAGUCCGACAAUGCCACAGCGAGAGAACCGAGCACACGUCCAUUCAUGACUGCUGCUGACACUUGAAGACCGAGCCCUGCGUCUUGUUUGGUGACCUGCAGGAGGAGACGUCCCCGGACAACAUGCCCGCCGCCCAGAGCCUCCAGUCCAGCGGGCUGACUCUGUCCGAGACCAGCAUGGGCUCCUUCAAGAGAAGGAAGAGGAAGUCCAUCAUGGUGACAGUGAUGCUGCUGAUCGUGUCCAUCCUCAUCCUGAUCUUCGGUCUGGCGGCAACCACAAGGACGCAGAACAUCACAGUGGGCGGCUACUACCCGGGACUCAUUCUUGGAUUCGGAUCAUUUCUCGGAAUCAUCGGCUCUCAUUUGAUCGAGAACAAGAGGCAGAUGCUGGUGGCCUCCAUCGUCUUCAUCAGUUUCGGGGUGGUUGCUGCCUUCUGCUGUGCCAUCGUGGACGGGGUAUUUGCAGCGCGACACAUUGAUCUGCGACCACUAUACGCUGGACGGUGUGAUUUCCACUCCGGUGAAUCGUCAUCUGAGCGCGACGUGCCGUGUCAGUCGCCGUCACGAGCGUUGUGUAAUUUAAAAGUGAAAGGCAACACAUGCUAUUGCUGCGACCUCUACAACUGUGGCAAAGAACAUCCUCUUAUGGGACUUCAGAAUAAAGAUGUUUUGAAAAAGUUUAGGAAAUCAUCCAUGAUUUGGAACCGAGUGGAGGUGAUGGGCGGCUACCACGAGUACACGGACGUGAGCAGCUGCCAGGACGUGGUGCACCUCCACCACCUGCUGUGGUCGGCCACCAUCCUCAACAUCGUGGCUCUGUUCCUGGGCAUCAUCACGGCAGCGGUGCUGGGAGGCUUCAAAGACAUGACUCCCGCUCUGACUUCAGAGAGCUCAUCCGAACCUGAGGCCAUCGCAGCCCCCAUCCAGUCGGACCCUCCUCUUCCCGCCAACUCCCGCAACGCAUAUAUCAACAGCACCCCCUGUCUGCCGCCAUACACCGCAUACGACAACCAGGGCACCUACAUGUUCGCUGACUCAUCGGGACUGUCGGACGACUCCCAGUCUGUAGCGAGUCACCUGUGGCCCACCAUGAUCCCCCCUCGCUACUCCCCGCCUCACAGCCACCCUGAUGAGAAGCCGCCGCCGUACAGCCCGUGACUUCAAACCUUCACUCCGGUCACUUGUGUCGAGGAGCUGCAGGAGUGUUGACGUCAAAGGGAACAAAUGUUACAGGCACAAGUUCUGCCUGUGCGUGUGUGUGUGAGGACACAUUAGACCGCCUUAAUGCUAAUGGACUAGUUCUCUCUCUGGUUUGAGCUGCAAAAGCUUCUGGCCACUAAUGGAACUAAUGAUGAUGAUAAUGCUUGCUGGGGCGACAACCCAGUCUGGAGGAGCUAUGGUUGUGUACAGUUGGUGGUUUUAGUGUCACUGCAUGCUGUAAUGAUGGUAUCACAGCUGAGAAUGUAAAUACAGCACUUACACGCAUCAUUAGAUGAGAACGUAGUCAGAAACAGAAAAACAUUUCAAGUGAAAUUCAAACCUUAUGAACAAAAGGAAGCAGGUUGUGAAUACAGGGAGGAGGAAAGCUGAGUUUAAUGGAGAUGAACCAAGACGUUUGAGCCACUAUUUAAAUGAACAUUGUCUCAAGUAAUAACUUAUUAGCUGGCAUGGGCAUACAGUCUGUAGAAGGCGAAUGAUUUCCUCAGGUUUGGUCCUCUGUAUAGAUCAACUUAAAAUUGAAUAGUAAAGCCAUGGUGGCUACGAAGAGUCAGAGCUGGACUCGCUGACCAGGAACUGGCAGGGAUGAAACAAGUCGCUUUUUCAUUUCUACACCCCGUGUGUCUGUAACUUAUUUAUCUUGCUAUUAAACACUGUUUUGUGUAGUUGAGUCUUGAUUCAAUACUGAAAUGAUGGGCUGAGAUUUUCUCCUUUAAGAUCUUUGCCUUUGAAUCCCUCUAUAUAUUGUAUUUUUUUCCCUUCAUAAGCCAAGCAAUUUCUGAUUUAUCAGUUUCAAGUUUUGAUUUUCUCACCUAAGAAAUGAAUAGCAAUGUAAGGUACAGAUCAUUCAUUCAUUAAACCCAAACUAAUGGCUAAAUUGGUGGUAAAAUUGGCUGUAAAUUUCAAAUUUGCAGAAAAUAUUUCGACUUUUGACAUCAUUGUA